AUGCCCUGCGUGCGUCCGACACCUUCUCUGGACCUCAAGAAGACCGCGAGCAAUGCCUUAAGCAAAGUCGCAUCACGACUCACGACCAGGUCACUCGCCAACCCUCCACCUCCGCCGAAUGGGGGCGUGAAAGCAUGGACGCAAGUUGCAAUGGGAUGGCUUGUGAUCUUUACGACAUGGGGGUGGGUCAAUAGCUACGGCGCUUUUCAAAACUACUAUGCGCUCAAUCUCGGUGUCUCUGCUUCAACUGUUUCGUGGAUUGGCAGUGUUCAGAACUUCCUUACUUUCGUAGUUGGUGCUUUCAGUGGGCGGUUACUGGAUGCAGGCUUUUUUCUUCCCACCCUCGUCGUCGGUGUGACUUUUCAGCUCCUUGGCAUCUUCUUCAUGAGUCUCUCGACAAAAUACUGGCAGUUGAUGAUCACUCAAGGCAUUAUGACUGGACUUGGAGGCGGUCUCUUCUUCACUCCCUGCAUAGGACUUAUCGGAACCUACUUCUCCACCAGGAGAGCCAUGGCGAUUGGUAUAGUGACGACAGGAAACUCCGCUGGCGGCAUGAUUUAUCCCGUGAUGGUUCAGCAGUUGCUGCCGAAGCUUGGCUUCGCGUGGACAACCCGUGUGAUAGGAUUUCUCAAUCUUGCUCUUCUACUUGUCGUCUUUGCGCUCAUGCGGCCGAGACUUCCUCCCAGGAAAUCUGGCCCGUGGGUCGACUUCUCUGCAUUCAAGGAACCAACUUAUGCCUUCUUCGUUGCUGGACUCUUUUUCGUAAUAUGGGGCAUCUACUACACAUACUACUACCUGUCGUCAUACGGAAACGAGGUUCUUGGGCUGCCAUUUACUACCGCCACCACGCUGACGAUCAUUAUCAACGGCGCCGGCAUGCCUGCGAGAGUCAUCCCUCCUUACUUCGCGGAUAGAUUUGGACAGCUUAAUGUUAUCACUCCGAUCGCUCUCGCACUUACUGUGGUCGCUUUCUGCUGGAUCGCAAUAGACAAUUCAGUCGGGGUAUACACCUUCACCGUUUUCUAUGGAAUCUGGUCAGCGGCGUUCCAGUGUAUUCUCCCCAGCACGGUGGCGAGUAUCACUCCUGAUAUGAGCAUGUUCGGCACAAGAUUGGGCAUGGCAUUCGGUACACUCUCCUUUGCGGCGCUGACAGGACCACCCAUCGGUGGAGCUCUGCAAAGUGCAAUGGGUGGCAGCUAUCUUGGCGGUCAGCUUUGGGCAGCAUUGUCUACCGGCAUAUCCUUUGGACUAGUUGCCGCUGCGAGAGUCAGCAAGGCUGGAUGGAAGCUGGAUGCCAGAGCAUAA